AUGAUCAUGAGCUCGUAUUUGAUGGACUCUAACUACAUCGAUCCGAAAUUUCCUCCAUGCGAAGAAUAUUCGCAAAAUAGCUACAUCCCCGAGCACAGUCCGGAAUAUUACGGCCGGACCCGGGACUCGGGCUUCCAGCAUCACCACCAGGACCUGUACCCACCACCGCCUCCGCGCCCGAGCUACCCCGAGCGCCAGUACAGCUGCACCAGCCUCCAGGGCCCGGGCAGCUCGCGGGCCCACGGGCCGGCCCCGGGGGGCCACCACCACCCCGAGAAAUCGCAGCCGCUCUGCGAGCCGGCGCCUCUGUCGGGCGCCUCCGCCUCCCCGUCCCCAGCCCCGCCGGCCUGCAGCCAGCCAGCCCCCGAGCACCCCUCCAGCGCCGCCAGCAAGCAGCCCAUAGUCUACCCCUGGAUGAAAAAAAUCCACGUUAGCACGGUGAACCCCAAUUACAACGGAGGGGAGCCCAAGCGCUCGAGGACAGCCUACACCCGCCAGCAGGUCCUGGAAUUAGAGAAAGAGUUUCAUUACAAUCGCUACCUGACCCGGAGGCGCAGGAUCGAGAUCGCCCACUCGCUGUGCCUCUCCGAGAGGCAGAUCAAAAUCUGGUUCCAAAACCGGCGCAUGAAAUGGAAGAAGGACCACCGGCUCCCCAACACCAAAGUCAGGUCAGCGCCCCCGGCCGGCGCCGUGGCCAGCACCCUGGCGGCCGCCACCCCGGGCACUUCUGAAGACCACUCCCAGAGCGCCACGCCGCCGGAGCCGCAGCGGGCAGAGGACAUCACCAGGUUAUAA